CCCACCAACACUCCCACAGCCACCAUCCCGUCACCCACCCACCCACCCACCCGUCCACAGCCAGCCAAAUCCGCCUCCGAUCCAGCGCCCACCCACCACGGUUUCCAGUGAGUUUGAGCGAGGUAAGCUUAGAUCUGAGCGAGUUCUCGCGCGUCGCAGGUAAAGUUCACUCGACCCUCUCAUCUUUUUCCCUGCUAAUCUCAUCUCCUUCUUGCUUUGGUUUCGUCUUCCUCGAGCAGACAGCGAGAGACCCGGGGCCUUUUAGAUCCUGGGCUUCAGAUCUGCGAUUUCUUCUUCUUCUUCUUCUUCGGUUUGGUUUUAGCAGUCUAGGGUUGUUAGUAGGUUGGUAGCCAAGAGGGGUUCUUUUUCCACACCUCCCUUGUGCAAGUAAGUUCCUGCUGAGCAGAUCUACCCACCAGUGCCAUCUGUUUUUACUGUGGCUGUUGGGUUGUGCCAGUUUCUUCAUUUUGUUCUUGGUUUGCUAUUUGCUAGAGAGAAAAAAAAACAAAAAAAAAUCAGUCUAGAUGGCCGCCGCUAUAGAUCUGUCAGGGGAGGAGCUGAUGAGAGCACUCGAGCCUUUUAUCCGGGAUGCCUCCUCUGCUCCUCACGGAUCCAGUCCGCUCCUCCACCCCCACCACCAGCCUCUCAGUCCCUCGUCGCCGUUCUCCUUCCACCACGCCGCCGCCUACGGCGGGUACCCGUUCGCCGCCGCCGCGGCCGAGGGGGCGGGCCAGCUGAGCCCAGCCCAGAUGCAGUACAUCCAGGCCCGCCUCCACCUGCAGCGCCAGUCGCAGCAGUCCUCCGUGCUGGGCCCGCGGGCCCAGCCCAUGAAGGCGUCCGCGGCGGCGGCCCCGACCCCGCCGCGUCCGCAGAAGCUGUACCGCGGCGUGCGGCAGCGGCACUGGGGCAAGUGGGUCGCCGAGAUCCGCCUCCCGCGGAACCGCACCCGCCUCUGGCUCGGCACCUUCGACACCGCCGAGGAAGCGGCGCUCGCCUACGACCAGGCCGCCUACCGCCUCCGCGGCGACGCGGCGCGCCUCAACUUCCCCGACAACGCCGCCUCCCGGGGCCCGCUCCACGCCUCCGUCGACGCCAAGCUCCAGACGCUCUGCCAGAACAUCGCCGCGUCCAAGAAGGGCGCCAAGAAGCACGCCUCCGCCUCCGCCGCAGCUGCUGCCGCCACGUCGUCGUCCGCCCCCACCAGCAACUGCUCCUCGUCGCCGUCCUCCGACGACGCGUCCUCGUCCUGCUGCCUCGAGUCCGCCGCCGAGUCCUCGUGCCCGUCCCCGUCCCCGUCCGCCUCCCCCGAGUCGUCGACGGUGCCGGAGAUGCAGCAGCUGGACUUCAGCGAGGCGCCGUGGGACGAGGCCGCCGGCUUCGCGCUCACCAAGUACCCGUCGUACGAGAUCGACUGGGACUCCCUCCUCGCCGCCAAUUAACCACCGACCGACAUUGUUCUUUCCUUCUUGGCUCCUUCCGACUGCUACUACUACUGCAGGCUGCAGCAGAGGGUUAAGGUUAACGGCCGUCGCGCAGAAUGGUAUUUUAGACAUCCUGCGCGGGCACUAGUGGAUUAUUAGUGCUAAUCCCGUUCGUUCGUUUUGUGUAGAUGUUCAAUUCGUUUUUGUUGCUGUCACUGGUCAAGUCAGGUUGUAGAUCUCUUAUGUUAUUUAGGGUUUGGUUCCCGGAGGAGAGAACCACAACCGACGGGAAGCCGGCGUUUUUGUGUCCGGCGUCUCCGGUGGUCGGUCGGUCACUGGUCAGUGACCCCGGCUGUUCAGGUGUCCAUUGUUCUGGUAGCUGUUUCUCGCUAGAAGAUGGUGCUGCUCUACAGGUUGUAAGAACAGCACGGUGUGAUGUGAUGUUAUUAAGUUAAGUAGUGGUACUCCGUAUGUUGUAAAAUCAGCUUAGCUGUGUCCCGGACUUGUAAUCUGAAGAACUGCUAUUGUUAGUGCUACUAUUAUAAAUUAUUGUUGUAUAAACAGUCUGUGCGAGCUGAUUGUUGUCCCCA